UCUCGGAAAGGAUUUGACAACACCCACGGUGCGAAGAGGAGCCACGGAUUUUUUGAAAAGUUCCAGCCACGACUUGGCUUUGUCUGGUCGGGCUCAACGUUCCAGUGUACCGCCCUAGCGCUGCAUUGACGACAAGACGCCACUAUGGAUUAUUUUGCUUUCGGUGGGAAACCAUUCUUGUCUCGCUUUCCUCCGCACAUUCCUGGAAUUUUCAAUCCUCAGGAUCAAGCUCAGCAAGAGGGUGGUGUUGAUACCAAUGCCUUGCAGGCACUUCAGGCUUUCCAAAAGGCGCAAGGCGCCGGUGCAAAGAAGGAGGGCUACGCGGCAAGAGCAGCAUCCUCUCGACCAGCAUAUGACGAUCUAGACGUCGAUGAUGACGAUGGCUUCGUGAAAGCACCACGGGCGCUGCAUCAGGGCUACGAUGCCAACGAGGUGAGCCAGUGGCCCAGCAGUCGCUUCGAGGUGAUUCGUAAGCUACAGGACGCCACCCGCAAUCGCGGACAGGUGGUCCUGAUGAAAAAUAAGGAUGAGAACAGAUUAGUGGCUGUCAAAAUUAUGCCAAACAGGUGGGUUGGCACGAGCCAUUCGGACUUUGUGAUCGAACAUCCCUCGGAGACAGAGUUGCCCUGGCAGGACGUUGGUUGUGUUCGCUUUCUGAACAACGCCAAGUAUCCGUACGCCUGUGAACUCCUUGGGGUCUAUCGGGAUGAAGAGCACACCUACGUAGUCACCACCUUCGCAACCGAGGGUGACUUAUUCUCUUGGUGCGAGGGCGGCGUAGCUCCCGGCCGCGAGCGGGAGUUGGCUGUGCAGCCCAUUGCGCGACAAAUCAUGGAAGGAGUUCAGCAGCUCCAUGACUUUGGGAUCGUACACAGAGACUUGUCCCUUGAGAAUGUCCUGAUUUCCGCAGCUGAAGGAGCAGAUCCAUCACUGCAAAUCAAGAUCAUCGACUUCAGCAUGGCAUCUACUGCCCGCAUCUUUAGGAACUGCAUUAGAGGCAAAGCAUCCUACCAGGCGCCCGAACUCCACUCGGAUCAGGAGUACGAUGCGUACUUGACGGAUGCCUUUUCACUAGGGGUCACGCUCUAUGCGGUGCUCUUGAAGGACUAUCCAUGGCUCUCCACAAGACCAGGUGGUUGCAAAUGCUUCGAAUAUGUUAGGAAGCAUGGCUUCCGCGCGUAUCUGCAAAAGCGCAAGCUGAGGAACAGCUCACAGAGAGUCGUAGAAUUCAUGUCGGAGCCAUUGGUGUGUCUUCUGGAAGGCUUACUGUCCUUCGAGCCCAGCGAGAGGCUGACCCUAGGUGAACGGAAAUGGGGCAACUCACGAAGGUCGAUAUGGGACCUAACAUGGCUCCAUCAAGGUUCAAUUUGAAGAGGCCGAGAUCUGCCGCCGACAGCAAACUGUAGCCGCUGCCGCCUGAAAAAGG